AGGGCGGGGAAAAGAAAGUGCCUAGUUGGGAACGCGCCGGCGCGUUGGCGGUUUGUACUGAAGGGGUGGGGUUUAUUUGCAUGCCAGGCUGACACCAUGUGACGUCAGGGAAGCCGUGCUAUAUAAGGAAGAGCGACCGGCGGAAGAGGCGCAGUAGUCUAGCAGUUUCGGUUCGGCGUAGGGUUAGUGUUUGAGGGCUCCUUAUUUUUUUUUUUUGUUCCCCGGGCCAAGUUCAAAACAGCCCUGCUCCGUGGCUAUGAGCACCGGCAUGUACCAGUCCCCGAUGGAGGUGGCUGUCUACCAGCUGCACAAUUUCUCUAUCUCCUUCUUCUCAUCCCUCCUGGGUGGUGAUGUGGUCUCAGUCAAGCUGGACAACAGCGCGUCGGGGGCCAGCGUGGUCGCCAUCGACAACAAGAUCGAGCAGGCAAUGGAUCUAGUCAAGAACCACCUGAUGUAUGCAGUGAGAGAGGAGGUGGAGGUACUGAAAGAGCAGAUCAAAGAGCUGGUGGAGAAGAACUCCCAGCUGGAGCGAGAGAACAGCCUCCUGAAGAACCUGGCCAGCCCGGAGCAGCUGGAAAAGUUCCAAUCCCGGCUGCCGCUGGAGGUGCCUUCGCCCACACCUGAAAAGCAGAGCCGAGGAGCAGCUGCCCCAGCCCAGCACUCUGGGGGUUCUGCGGUGUAAGGUGGCUCUGUCCUUGGGGUGGGCAGAGCCACGGAACAUUUUCUACUUAAUCUCCUUCUGAGUGGUUUCCUCAUCUCUCUUUUGGAGGAUUCUGGCUCAGCCAAAGCUGCUGCUGGAAUGAUGCCCCGAAGGGGGCUGGUUAAUUCCUGGCCGGCUAACUUGGGUUGGCCAGAGACUGUCUCCUGAAGUCAAGAGUGCAAGGGAGGGGAGCCCUGCACAACCAGGCAACCUUGCCCGAAGGAGUUGCAGGCUUGCCAUCCGUCCCUCCCUGCUCACAACCUUCUGAAGAGGACAAUGUGCUGGAGGAAAGGAUCUCCCGGCCACUGGCACAAGACUGUUAACUGGAGGAAGACAGCUAUUUUUAAAAAAAAAUAGAAAGAGAGGGCUGCCUCCCCACCUGCCGGGGGAUGGAGAACAGCUGCAUGGCCUGGACAGUCAGCCAUUCGGUGAUUAUAAGACUCUAUUUGUGAAGUGUGCAGCCCAUUUUCCUGUUACCAGAGGUGCAGAACUGCUUUAUGAACAGACUUGUGCACUCCUAACUAACUAUAUAUGGCAGGGUUUCAGACUGGAAAGAGAAUGUGCCAUUGCAUGGAAACAGCAAAGGAUGGGCUAUGCCCACCUGAUAACAUUGACGCAGACAACCCUUGUGUGAGGAGGUGCUUGGUGCCAGCUGCCUUACGAGUCCCCUGGUGGACCCUAGCCCAUGAUGCUGCUGACAGAUCAAGGGCAAAGCAGUGGUGGGUCAAGGAUGAGGUGGGGGGGGCAGCAAGAGGAGUCUUAGGCUGACUCAGGGAGCUGCCUCUCCUCCUCCAGGAUGGGAUCUUGCUUGUUUGUCAUGUUCUUUAACUGAUGGUGUAAAUCCUGAGACACUGCAAUAAAGUCUAAGUUUUGUAUAAAUACA